GGUCAGUAAGACACUGAAUAAAAAAAACACUUUCUGCUUCCUCUUAAAAAACCUCAAAUGUUUUAGCUUAUAAACUAUAAAAUAAAACUGAACUACAAAGCAGUUUUUAUUAAUUUGUAAAAAGAAGGUCUAAUAGUACCUUUGGACUGAUUAAAAUCUCCAAAUUGAAGCUUUUUUUAAAUGUUUUUUUGUUUCAGUACUACACUUUUUGGGGAUGGGAAAAAAAGCCGAACUUUUAGGAGAACAUUAAACUCCAGCAGGAGUGAAGGAACUGAGGAGGUCUCUGUGUUCAGUCUCAAGGGUGCAGGGUCACGUGACCUGAGAAGCACAAGGCGUCCUUCAGAAAAAGUGAGUGGGGGCUCGAAGCGUGGAAAUGAGCCUCUCACUCCCACUGUUGCUGGCUACUGCUCAUUUUCCCACAAUCUUUAGCCUAAACUCUCGGUUCCUUUUGCGCCACAGUUCUCUGCGUCCCCGGUUCCACGGCAGUAACUUUUCUCCUCGUGUUGCUCGGGCUCUCAGAUGCCCCCACGCCUCCUCGGCGGCUCAACGCCGCAUCCGGCAGAGGAGAGGAACCCGCGGACACAAUGAGGCAGUGUGCGCUCGUCUCAGACGCGGCGGAAGGAUGCGAGGAGACCCCGAUUCUCUGUGGAUCUGGAACUCUGCGACGAGAGGAGUGAAGAAUGAAGCUUUCAACUGCUUUUGGAGAGUUAUGACUAACUCUAGACGAUAAACCUUUAAUGUAAAAGCCAGAAAUCAAGAAUGAAGACCAAGUAUGCGAUCCUCUUCAUCUUUGUUGUGGCGCUGGUCAUCAUUGAAAAAGAAAGCAGUAUUUUGUCAAGGGUCUCUGAUAAGCUGAUCCAGAUGCACAACCCUCAGCAGACUCCACAGACCCUUCAGGAUUCCAGCAACACCACACCAAGAAGCUCCUUCUCCGUUCUCAAAGUGCUGCUCUCUAAACUGCCUGCAACCCACGGGAAUUACACAAAUCUUUUGGAGGAGCGACACGAAGAGGUGGAGAACGUAGGCAACAGCAAGCAUGUCCUCCUCAUGGCCUCCACACGGACGGGCUCUUCUUUUGUGGGAGAGUUUUUCAACCAGCAUGGAGAGAGCAUGUUCUACCUGUUCGAGCCCCUGUGGCAUGUGGAGCGCAUGCUUUUCCCCGCCGCAGAGGCCAACAAUGGGACAUUGUUGCCCGAGAUCUACCGGGAUCUACUCCAGGCACUCUUCUUGUGUGACUUCUCUCCACUUGAGAAGUUCAUCUCCCCCCCACCUCAAGACCACGUCACUCCCGAUCUUUUCCGCAGGGAGUCCAGCAUGGCGCUCUGCGAGGAACCCGUCUGCACUCCUGAAAUUAAGGAUAUUUUUGAAAGGUAUCACUGCAAGACUCGACACUGUGGGCCUCUGAACUUGACUCUAGCGUCUGAAUCCUGUCUCUCUAAACGAUACCGCGCCAUCAAGACUGUUCGUGUGCGACUGCUGGAAACUUUGCAGCCUUUGCUGCAGGACCUCCGCCUGGAUGUCAAAGUUAUCCAGCUGGUUAGGGACCCACGGGCCAUUUUAGCAUCCCGCAUGGUGGCUUUUUCCUCAAAGUAUCAGACAUGGAAGGCCUGGGCUCAGGACGGCCAAGUUCCCGAGGACAACGAGGAAGUGAAGAGGCUCAAAGGGAACUGUGAUCAGCUGAGGAUUUCUGCAGAGAUGGGACUAAGUCAGCCUCCCUGGCUGAGGAGCCGCUACAUGUUGGUGCGAUACGAAGACAUCGCAAGAGACCCCAUGCAGAAGGCAGAGGAGAUGUACAAAUUCACAGGGAUACCCUUCAGUUCUCAAGCCAGAGAGUGGAUCCUGAGGAACACACAGAGCGUUCAAGAAGCGAGUGGGAUUUACUCCACGCAGAAAAACUCAUCAGAACAGGCAGAUAAAUGGAGGUUUAGCAUUCCUUUCACACUGGCUCAGAUAGUGCAGAAAGUGUGUGGACCGACCAUGAAGCUGUUUGGAUACAAAUAUGUGGAGGAUGAAAAGACAUUGGUGAACAAGUCUGUCAGUUUGCUUGAAGAGAAACAGUUUCAUUAUUAGGAGUUGAAUCUGCGAUGAACUACAGUAGAACCACAACCGCACAAACCAAAACUAACCUACAAAAGUGACUUAAAGAGACAACAUUUUAGUUUUAUCAGCAUCAUUGAGAGCAUACAAUAAUAUUUAUAAAAACAUUGAUGUGCCUGCUAUUUCAACACAUUCUCGCUCUAAACUCAUUACAUACUGACGUUUGGUCAAUAUGACUCCUACUCUUCACUUUUUGACGUUUCCGGUAUCCCCAACUUGACCUCUUUUGACAUGCUGGUUGUUCCCAUUAAAUCACGUGUCUUCAACCACGGUACCCAGUACCGGGAUGCGUAGUGCACCGGUACCCUAACCCGGCACUGGACGUUGUACCAGAUGCGGCACAGCAGGACUACCUGUUCCUGGUCCUCAAGAGCUUCCACCCUGCCUGUUUUCUAGGUCUCCAAGCCCUGCCAGCUGCUGAUUGGCUCAGGCAGAUGUCUUCAAAUUCUGAUUGAAUGAACACACCUGGUCCAGGUAAUCAGCAGCAGUGCAAGGAGAGCUGGAAAACAGGCGGGGUGGUAGAUCUCAAGGACUAGAAAUGGGCACCCCUGCAGUACAGGAUGCGGACUGGUCCUCGAGACGUGGACGGUACUGGUACCGUAACCCAGUACCGCUGCACUAAUCCAAUACUGGGUUAGGGUACCAAGACCAGUUGUGACCGGGCCCCGUUUGCGUCCAUUACCAUCUCUGGUACCAGUUCGAGUCCGGUACCGUGUCUGGUACCACAUCCGGCACCUUGUCCGGUGCUGGGUUAGGGUAUUGGUACCGGGUAAGGAUACCGGUACCAGCCACAUCCUGAGGACCAGUCCGUAUGGGGUACUGUAUCUGGUACUGCAUCCAGUGCCGGAUUAGGGUUAGGGUACCAGUACUGGGUUAGGGUACUGGCACUGAACCUGCCCCGAGGACCAGUCCGGUGCAGUAUCUUAUCUGGUACCGCAUCUGGUUCUGGGAUAGGGUACCAGUUCCAGAACCAGUCUGCAUGCGGUAUCGCAUUUAGUGCUAGGUUAGGGUACCAGCCGCAACCUGGGGACCAGUCCGCGUGUGAUACCGCAACUGGUACCACGUCCAGUGCCGGGUUAGGGUACCAGUAUCGGGUUAGUGUACCAGUACCGACCACGUCCCAAGGACCAGCCUGCAUGCCAUACCGUAUUUGGUACCGCGUCUGGUGCCGGGAUAGGAUAGGGUUACUAGGAUACCAGUACUGGGUUAGGGUAUCUUUACCGUAUGUGGUGUCGUGUCCUGCACCAGAUCAGGGUAGCGGUACUGGGUUAGGGUACCGGCUGCGUCCCAAGGACCAGUCUACGUGCUGUACCGUAUCUGGUACCGUGUUUGGUGCCGGGUUAGGGUAUCCUGAAGACUAGUCUGUGUGCUGUACCGCGUACCGAUGGGAUGUGAACCCUUGAUUUUACGGACAGCCAGCACGUCAAAAAACGACAAGUUUGGGACAUCCAAAGUGACCAAAUGUCAAUGUGUGACGAGAUGAGAGUGAGAACGAGUUGACUAUUUAACAACGUUUGACCUCCCUCUGAUCCUAGCUUUCAUUGAAAACGACAAAAACAUCCGACAGGAUGAGAUUUGAUGUAUAUUUUCAUUUUCAAGUUUGUAUUGACAGGGAAAGUGCACAAGGUCGUUGUAAUAUAUUGUGUUUUUGUUUUCCGUUUACAAUGUAUCCAAAUCCUAAAUCUAAGCUAUGAAAUUCCCAUUAAAAACAUAAAAGAAAAAAUAAUUAAUUACUUUAACAGUUUAAAAAAAUACUCUCAGGUUCAGUCAUUGUUAAUGUUCCCAGCACAAUAAACUGUUGUUAGCUUUACAAUCGAAUUAUUGAUUCUUCACAGUAAAUAGGUUUAUUAAGACAAAUAUUUAUUAUUCUAUGUGAUGAGGAAACAUACAUAAUGCCUUACCUCAGUUAACGUUACAGAAAAGCCAUGACACCCAUCGCGCUCCUACCUCAAGACUUUUUUAUGAUAAAUUCAUCUUCUAAUAACUUGUUUUUAACACAGCCAGACUGUGUUGUUCCUUAGAUGAAUAUAUUUCCAGUAACAAAGUCAAUUUAUUUAAACUAUUUGUCCCAUGAAAAGAAAAGAAACAAGAAAUGUAAAUGUGUUUACCGUUAGAUUUCAAGUUGUGUGCUUUGGUGAAAGUUUCUGUAAAGUUUUGUGAAUGCUUGUUUUCUUAACUUUAAGUUUGACCCAGGUGGUGCUGCAUUGAAGGUGGAUAAAGGUAACCACUGUGA